CGUUGUUGUCAGUUUAGAAAAGACGCCCGCGCCAAGAUGACCAAGCAUGAUGCUUCCGUGCAGAAGAACAACUUUAAGAAGGUGAAGCUCCACAAGAAGAAGCGCAUGGAGGCGAAGAACCAGAAGAAGGUCUUUGUCAUGCAGAACGGCAGCAAGAAGACGGUCGGCCGCCCGGCCGCGAGCAAGAAGAAGGUGCGCCGCGACACCAAGCGCGCGCAGAAGAACGCCAAGUACGAGCAGGAGCAGCUGCUCAAGAGCGGCCUCAUCACGCAGGAGGACAUUGACAAGCUCGCCCAGGAACAGAACGACAUGGAGGACGCCGCCGAUGCCGAAGAAUAAGUGUAUGCCCGAAUUAAGUAUAUUUUGAUCACCUUCGCCGCC